GGUGCAGAAAACAAAUCAGAAAAAUGGCUUCGAAAGAGUUCAUCGUGAUGAUUUGCAUCUUGGUCUUCGCAUCAAACGCUUCGGCUUCCUUCAGCCUGAAUUCGCGCAGUUCGAGUGGAACGUUGGAUGCGAAAUCGCUGAGACCUUCAAAAAUAACCACCAUCAAGUUCGGCCCAGGUGCUUCUGCCUUGUCGACUGCAUCUGCGAUGAAGUUCCUCAAGUUGCUGGAAGCCUCGAAGGGCUCUGCAAAACCCACGACCCCAAGUAAGGUCAAGGAGAAUUCCAAGGACGAGCUUGCCAAGUCGUUCAAAUGGCUCAAGGCUGGGAAGAACACGGAUCAGAAGCUGCUGAAAUCCAUGUUGCCUGCGUUGUUGGCGAGGCUUUCGUCAGAGAAGACUGCGAGGAGCAACGGAAUGCAAUUCGCUCGCGUGGAACGAAAAGUUGGACAAAGCCCCGUGUACACCAUCAAACUGCCUUCCCAGGACAAAUUCUACGCCGAAAAUGAAGUCGACGGGGACUCCGAGUACUAUGCCAAGAAGCCCUUUGCCGUGCGGGAGUACUACGACGGGCCCAGGUCAGACCAGGUCAUGUUGCGCCGAGUGACCAGGAUCCCGGUCAGCUUCAAUUCCAAUGGACGCCCCAAGACCGUCUCCAGGGCCUGGAACUCACUCGGCGACGUUUUCGCCACCAAGUCGUUCGAAGGCGGCGAUGAAUCCGUUCUUCGUGACCCGAAAACUGAGGAGAGGCCCGGUGACCUGAAAUCCUACCGAAUUUCGAGUGACUUCAGCCGCUACAGGAACCUGCUUUCACCUGCAGCAGGGGCAGUUUCUCGCAGGAGCUACAGCAAGUCUGUGCACUUCAAGCCCACCAAGGCGUACAACGGAAAAGUCAGCUCCAUCUACGUUCUCACCGACGAAAAUGACAAACAAGCCUAAUAGGAAAACCCCUUCCAAAUAACGAGUCCCGUUACCCCGUGUGAGGAAUUCCUGUGGGGAUUUAAUCUCCCCCGCCUGCUGAUGCUUGCUGAAAUUUCUAGCUCACUUUCGGCUGAUUUCGUUCAUGGCGGAGGAGGCUAUUGAUGACGCAGACAAAUGUUUCUCGCUCAAUAUAUGGAAUGAUGGAGUUUUUUCUUUGUUUGAAGAAUCCAUAUAUUCCUAUAUUCCCUACACAUGUUGUAAAACUCGGCAAGCUCUCAAUCGCUGUGAUUUUGAAUGAUUGCUGAGUAACCUGUGGAAACAAAUGGAAAGAAAUUGUUGUCUCUUUUUUUUUUGCAUGUGAAAAAAAGAACGCAUCCGUCGGAUUCUUGAUCUAUUCCGUUUGAAUGGAGUGGUUUGAGUUAAUGCCAGUAUUUAUUUGUUUUCUGGCACAAAUGUGGAACUCGACUGUUUUUGUUUUUUUUAGGUGCUGAAAUCUCGAAAUCCGUUUCAUUUUCGUUGCACGAUUUUUUUUUAGAUGUUCCAGUUCAUCUCGAUACCAUCAAUAUUUAUUCUCGCUUGACGAAAAGAUUAUGUGCGGAGAUUUCAUUAUGGUGCAUAUAUGCAUUGUUUCCCAAUUUCGAAAAAAAAGAAGUUCUCCUUUGAAUCAUCGUGUUGGAAAUUGACCAAAGCAUCGCCCGAAGAACGAAGAAGAUUUGUAAAAAGGUGCUCGUGAUUUAGCCGUUACCAAAAAGCUGAUUGGGUUCCUUCAAUGAAGAUCGUUUUCGUUCGCCGUUUCCGAGAUCUCCUGAACUCUUUGUGUGUUUGUUUCGAUGCAAGAAAACACAUCGUUUGUAAUUACGAGCGAGAAGAAAUACAUUUCUUCGGAUCCAGUUUGAUAAUA